UUUUGAUAUAGAGAAAGUAAAUACCUAGCGAAAAUGAAAGUUCUAACUAUGGGUUCAAUUUUUCUAGUUUGUGGGAGCUAUAAUAUGGUGAAAUCAGAUUCUGACAAUAUUGAUUCACAAAAUCAGCUUAAAGUCGGAGAAAUCACCGCUGUCACUACAACCACCACAACUAAUAAUUCACAAUCGACUACUGCUUGGUCUAAUAGCCCCAAAUGCCCUCAAAAUUGCACGGUAUCAAUUUUCCUGCCAAACGAAAACUGUUGCAAAUUCUGGCAAUGCCACAAUGGGGUAGCUUAUCUUUUCAGCUGUCCCGACGACCUUUACUGGAGCCCUACGUCGAAAUCGUGCGAUUGGCCGGUAUCAGCCAAUUGUUCUGGUGAUGGAUCAGCUGGACUUUGCCCACCUUGUCCGUCCACAACGAAGCCACCAUCUACCACUACUACUACCAAAACACCAACAAAAAGACCCAACUGCCCUCAAAAUUGUCCAAUCGAUAUUUUUUUGUCCGAUUGUGACUGUUCCAAAUUUUGGCAGUGCAGCAGCGGAGUCGCAUACCUGAAGAGUUGUCCGCAUGGUCUUCAGUGGAAUCCCAACUUGAACCUUUGCGAUUGGCCACAACAAGCAGGUUGCACAGGACAAGCAUACGGUGAUGGUACACCAGAAUGCCCACAACCCGCUAGAUCAACAACUACUUCGACUACUAUGAAGCCUGAGAACACUCCUCCCUGUCCGAGAAAUUGCGAAAAUUCAAUUUUCAUUCCUAACAAAAGCUGUACCAAAUACUGGCUAUGCAGCAAUGGAAAAGCGUAUGAACGGAGUUGUCCCGUUGGACUUGAAUGGAAUCCUCUGGAGAAGGCUUGUGAUUGGUCAGAUGAGGCUGGAUGUACUGGUGAAGGAUGGUGUGACGAGGAUCUGAAAUGUCCACCAACAACCAAACUACCCAGCACAACACCAACUCCGAGGCCAGUGAAUUCACCGAGCUGCGAUGAAUGCAUCGAUGGCGACUUUUUCCAAGAUAGCGACUGUACUAAAUACUGGCGAUGUAGUAACGGAAUUGCCCAUUUGCAAAACUGUCCUGAGGAAUUAAACUGGAAUCCCAACAAGAAGCAGUGUGAUUGGCCAGAGCUUGCCGGGUGUACUGGAGAAGGAUGGUCUACGACAAAUACUUAGUACCUACCAAAGAACAAGCAUUUAGGAAGUUUACGAGACUCUCAUAAUGAUACAGAUUUUACUCUUUAUAUAAUUUAUAAAUAAUAUAGACAUUAGACAUUGAAUAAAACCGCAAUUUUA